AUGCUCCACGAAAUUCUCCUCUCCCUCUCCGGUCACCCCUCCCCACUCCUCACCGCCGACCACUCAUCCCCAUCCUCGAUCCUCUCCCCACCGGAGAAAGCCCUCCUCUCCUCCAUAGACCACCUGAGCAAUCUCCACUGCGAGCUCCUAACCCAUACUUCUACCAUUGUAGCCUUGCAUCAAUCGAGUAUCUGUCAGGCUGUUGCUACGGCUAUCAGAUCUACACAUCUGGCCGCUUUCCAAAGGAAAGUGCUGGAGGUUGAAGAUGGUAUAUUGAAGAAAGAUGCACGCAACGUAGGGGCCUACAAUAUUGUGCCAUUGACUGCCAUAGUGGGGGAGUUUUCGGGAUGGACAAGGAGGAUGGAGUGGUUCCUGGAAGUGGUGGAAUUCAUGAUGCGAGGCAAUGGUGGGGACAAGAAAUGCACUGGUGCCAUGGUCAUUGACCGGCUCUGUGCUGCUAUGCAGACGGGAUAUGUUGAUAUUGAAGAGGCAGCGUUAAGUUUGGUGACGGUCGCAGAGACAGCGUGGCUGAAGCAGGUCUCUGCCUGGAUUCUAUAUGGAAGGUUGCCCAGUUUUGGCCGGGAAGACUUUUUCGUCCAAAUAGUUGAAGGUGAUGUUUAUGAGGUUACGAGCAAAAGAGAGUUAUUGCCUGCGUUUGUUUCCGCCUCUACAGCAUCUUCGUUACUAUUUAUUGGCCGAUCCUUGAACCACAUCCGUGUGAAGGGAAUAUCAAGCGCGAGCUCUCCUGAACUGGAUCUACUCUCGUCACAUCUUCAGCAACUAUCAACCCUGAAAUUUCCUAUCAACAACGCAAAUUUUUCCCGAGUAAUCGCGUCGAUACGGUUGUCAUUAUCUCAAACAACACUUCAAAAGUUAUUGCCUCUUAGCAGAGUAACUGAGAUUCUAUCACUUCUCCGAGAAUUCUUCUUACUGGGUCGUGGCGAGUUUGCAAUAGCUUUGAUUACCGAAACGGACGACAAGAUCAGAUCACGAUGGCGGCGAUCAGAUAAUCUAGCCUAUGAAAAGCGAGACGGACUUGGAAAUAUUGUUGUCAAGGAUGGCGAAGUCUCGGCAAUCUUAGCCAGAACAUGGGCUGCUAUGGGUUCAUUACAGGGUGAGCACGAGGAGGAUCAAGAUGAAGAUGAACUUCUUGAACUUGCACGAGAUCUCGUACAGUUGAUUCUGGUCAAGGGAACCUCGACACCGCCUUCUAAAGGCAACUCUUCUCCGCAAGCAGCAUCUAACAUUGCUUCUACGCCAUUUAGAAAUCUGCUGCUAUCAGUUCCAGUGUCGUUGACAUUACAUAUACCGUCACCACUGGAUCUAUUCCUUACACUUGGAGACGUGCAGAGCUACUCCAGUAUUAAUGCAUAUCUUCUGUCAAUACAUCGAGCACAUCUGCGUCUCACGGAUUUAUGGAAGAUUACUUCCUUACGGCGCGAUCAUCCAGCACCACCUGGACCUCCAUAUGGUAGUUCAACGGUGGGAAGAAGUAAAGUCCUGACAAUUCGAGAACGGAUGAAGGAGAGAUCAGAGGCUAUGCGGAGCGUAUGGGCAACCAGCAGCGCAGCAGUCUUCUUCCUUGGAGAGACUGAAGCCUAUCUGCAAGGCGAAGUAGUCCAAGGAACAUGGCUUGGCUUCAAAAAUUGGCUUAUCGGCGAGACAGAGUCGAGGCCUACCUCAUCGAAGAGCCUCGCUGACGACGAUGAAGACAUCUGGCUGAAAGCAGGACGGGAACUAACAACUACCAGCACAAACCAUACGCAUGACCCGCAGUCACUUGCCGAUGCUCAUAGGAGGUAUAUCUCUGCUUUGGCAACGAGCCUACUCCUAACCAAUUCUUCGUUCACUGACCCGCUUUACCAUCUCCUUCAACAAAUCGAUCACCUGGUAGCACUUGUUCACCGUGUCCAUUCAAUCUGGCAGUCCUUGGACUUGGAGGCUGAUGAAGGCGUUGUGGACGCAUUCUCGGACUUCCAUAAAGAAGAAAAGGAUGUCAAAGAGCAAUUGGCUGUCAUUGCGGAAAGGGUCAAGAGCGCCAUCGAAGAGCUGGUCAAGAGCCUGCGGGAUAUUGAUCAAGAGAAAGAGGGGUGGGACAGCGGAUUUGCGGAGCUUAUUCUUGGUGAAGAGGGAGCUUAUGUUCCUGCGAAGGUGGGAAGAGUUGAUAGGCUCCUGAUGAAGCUUGACUUCGGCGGCUGGUUUGACAAUGGGAAGAGGGGAGGUGACGACCUGGACGGACUGGAUGAGAGUGAUGAUGAGUGA